AUGAAAGCGUUUAUUUACCUCGUGGCUGCUGUUGUAGCGUGCAAUAGUAUUGAAGCUCUACUUUUGCCGGGUUGGAGAGGGCAAAGAAAUCAUGAACCAUCGUGGUUUUCCAGAGUGCGUCGUUUUCCGCUUCCCACACAUCGUAUCAUCGAUCCUAAUGAAGAUUGCUUCCUGGUAACUUCUGAAGAAGGGGAGCUAUUUUUCAAAUCGCCGUCCGACGAGCCCACAGUGUGUGGUAUCUACAUGAUAGCCGAUCCCGAUAAGCGAAUCCAGGUCAUAUUCAACUACUUAGACGUGCCUUGUGAUAACGGCGGCUUAGUCGCGUGGGUAGAUGGCUGGGAAUUAAACGGUCAAGUAUGGCCAGCGGACGCUUGGGAUGACGACAGAGUGGUGGAAUCUUGCGACAAGCGACCACAGCGCAAGUUAGUGUCUCGACAGAAUGCAGCUCUCGUGCAAUACCGCGUGCCCGCUCGUGGCAAAGGAUUUGCUGUCACGAUACGACAUUUGAGAAAUGCUAGACCCUGCAACAUCAUGUUGUUUGGAUCCGAGGGUGUCUACACACUGCGCAAUCAUGGCGAAACUAGCAACUGUUCACUUCUUGCCGUGUCACCAGCUGUGGUCCAUGUGUUAGACCUUAAUGUAGGCCAGGUGGUAAAGAGAGGCUUACUCGAUAUUGAAACGGGGACACUUCACCAUUGCACAAAGCGGGGCCUCGUCGACUAUGCGGACAUCGGCGGCGCAAAUGGCCUCGAUCACACCAAAAUGGAGCACUACGAUAGUAUAUGCGGACUCGACUCAAAUGAAGCACGUCGUCCAAUCCUUAUCGCAUGUGAAGACACCGUAGUGCGGCUAGUAUCUAGUGGACGGUACCAGAAUUCGAUAACAUUAGCGUUUUCGCCUCUACCCAUGGAGCAUUAUGAGCAUGCUGACUUGAUCUGUGGACUUAAUGACAUA